AUUAAGAAAUCUUUAUUUACAUAAUAAACAAUUAAAUAUUUUAAUUUAUAUGGUACUAUUUGUUGUCUUUUAAAAUUAAUUUUUUUACAUGUUUAUAUUGUAAACAUAACUUUUAAUUAAAGAUAAUAUAGUUAUAAAAUGCAACACUGAUGGCAUCUAGGUUACAUUAAUAAAAAAUACCUGAAAACAACGGAGUAUAAGUGCAAGAGUAUGUAAUUUUUUAUUGUUUUACACCUACCAGAUACAAAGUACAUAAUAAAUACAUAUGUAAAGGCUAAAUUGAGAAAAGGCAGUUUUACCGCUUUACGCUUCAAACUUUGUACCUAAUCACUUUCUAAGUUUUGUUACUGUAAAGUACAUACAUUACAGCCUUACAUUACAAAAAUAAUGCCAUGAAAGAUUAUUGGUAUUGGUAAAUUAAAAUAUAAUGAGGUGAACUUAUUGUUGUAUUAUAAUUAUUUAAUUGAAAACGUGCUUGCAUACCUAUUGGGUUUUGGUAAUUAGCUUAAGAAUUUUUUUUAAGUUUGUCAAACAAAAUCAUCAUCUAAUUUAGUUUAUAUCAACUUGAUUUACCGAAUGCGAACACUUCGCUUCGCUACAAACCGGUUGGACAACGAAAAUUUAAAAAUUCGUUAUAUUUUAUGGCUUCUCUGGCGAGGGGAGGAAUUUGUAUCGUAGAGAGCGGCAUCGGAUAGGGGUUGGUAGUUCGACCGCUUCGCGCCUGCGUACGUAGUUCGCGCCACUGCUACGUCGCUACUAGCAAGUAGCAAGCAAGCGAGCGAGCCAGAUGUUCUGAAAAGCUUCCUGUCGUCGUUUCAACGUUCCAUAAUUUUAUUUAUUAUUAACUGUAAAAUGUGGACUAGGACCAUUAAAUUGUUUGUAUAUUUGAGUGUUAACAUCAGUGUAUAAAUUACCAUGUGUAUUUUAUAAACUUGUGAUCUCUGACUGAAAAUUAUCGAGCGUAGAUGUCCACGAGUUCACUCGGGACCAACAAAGCGGCGGACAUUUUAUUUUGAGUACUCUAUAAUGUAGCGUUUGCGUCGAAAACAUUAAUGUCGUUUAUUAGUUACAAAUUGGAAUAUUGUUCGCUUACACCUUUUCGAUGCCGAGAGGGGUGAAGCGAGGGUCGGCGGAGGGCGAGGCCGAGGUGGUGGUACGAGCCGGGGAGUCUCCAUCGCAGACCACGCUAUUGGAGAACAGUCCCAGCCAGCCUAUCAGUUAUCACCUCCUCGACCACGGCUAUGGCGCUACCCCAAAGCAUCAGAUACGCCGCGAGGCGCCCACGGCACCGCCUAAGACAUCUGAAGCGGUUAAAAGAAGACUGAACCUUAGCGAGAGCAGUUCCGGGAGUCAAGGACACGUGGUGCCCAUGAAAGCUGACUUCAAAACUCCGAAGCAGAAACGCGUCAAAGUUCUCACGCCGUACAGCAGACCGUCCAGUUCUAUGAAAAAGUACACAGAACGUUCCAGGUUUGAUACAUCCCUAGGUUUACUAACGAAGAAAUUCGUCGCUUUGUUGAAAUCUUCACAGAACGGAGUGCUCGAUUUGAACAUAGCGGCGGAACAUCUGUCCGUUCAGAAACGUCGCAUAUACGACAUCACGAACGUUCUAGAAGGUAUAGGAAUAUUAGAGAAGAGGUCCAAAAACAACAUACAAUGGAAGUAUGGUAUGAGCGGCGGGUCGUGCGGCGCGGACGGGUCGACGGCGCGGCGGCUGCGCGGCGAGGUGCGCGCGCUGUCGGCGCGGGAGGCCCGCGUGUCGCGCGCCGUGGCCGCCGCCGAGCUCGCCCUGUCGCGGCUGUCGGCCGACCACGGCGCCAAGGCCUACAUCACCUACGCAGACCUGCGCUCCAUCGCGGACUUCCGCAACCAGACCGUCAUCCCCAUCAAGGCGCCGCCCGACACCAGGCUCAGUGUACCUCAUCCUGACGAAAAAGGAUAUAUGAUCCAUUUGAAGUCUUUGUCUGGAGAAAUAGAAGUUUAUCUUUGUCCAAAGGAAAGGCCUGCUUCACCAACAGUGUCAGGGAUGUCUUCGGAUCCUCUUCUAGAAGACAACAAAGCGUUACUCGCACCUCUCAUCGCGCAAAUGCAAUCAGCCUCCGAACAGUUCAUGCGACCUGUGAAGCGGGAGAUGGAGGACGGCGAGUCGGGAGCUCGUGCGCUGGUGGUGUGCACGCCUUGCGUCACCGACCCCACGCUGCCGCUCCCCGCCGCGCCCCUCGCGCCCCACGCCGCACCGCACGCCACCCCCUCCCCGCCCUCGCCGCACCGCACGCCCCCGCGGCACACCCGAGCAGCCGACCUCUCCACGCCAGACAGUGGUCGCGCCCGCGGUCGGCUGCGCAACGCUCUCAUCGCGGACAGCGACGACUUCGCGCCCAUCAUGGGCGGCGGACGCUUCCAGCUGCAGACGGAGGACCAGGAGUCAGAACCGCUGGAGUUGGAGCCGUUCCUUGCGCUGGAGCCUCCGAUGUCCGCCACCGACUACGGCUUCUGUCUGGACCACGACGAGGGCCUGUCGGAACUGUUCGACUUCGAGUUCUAGUGUAAAGUGUCGAUCAUUGACCAGUGUCGGUUGUCGCAAGUGUCGAUUGUAGUGAUGCGGAUAUAUCGAUAGUUUUAACUAGAUAUAAUUGAACACGUUUGUUUGGUUUCACUUGAAGAUUUCGGGUACAAGUGAAUGUAACAUGAUGAAAUGAAUGUAAAAACUGGGACUCUGAUGUGUUUACUGUAAAAAGACUGGACUGUAAUUUCUAAAGGUUUGUUAAGACGUUUUUUGUGACCGAACUGCUUUUCUCGCUUGUUUAAAUACUCUGUGUAAGAAAUUUUCAAGUUGCUAAUACAACAUUAUUGCGUACACAAAACUGGAGAUUUUGUCGGAUUAAUGAAAUUUGUACGUGUCGUAAAGCAUUAAAUCAGAUUUAUAUAUUUUGUACCUAAACUGCUUAGUAAUAAUAAUCGUUGUAAGUUUCAUUAUAUAAAGCAAUUUGUUUGAAAAGUUAGUUUUGUUGAUGCAUCAACGAUACAGAUGUUCUUACCGUUGGUAAAAAAAUAUAUAUUUUAUAAUUAUUAUUAUUGCAAUGAAAAAUCGGCAUCGUUUAUAAUUAGUUGAAAAUAUUGUCGAGUCGAUGAUGUGUUUAACAUAAGCCGUAAGUGUAAUGUUGUAAAGCUGAAAUUGAUUGAUAUAUUCGCGGUGAACUAGUUCUUGUGCGCUCUCGUAACUCUAUUAACGACUAAAAUACUGUAAAAUGGUGCUAAUCAGAUCAAUUUCAGCUAUACACAUCACUCCUUAGGGAAGCGUAAUAAUAAAACUCGAAAAAAAAUAUGUUCCUCCACUAAAAUAUUACACUGAAGCGUUCGAACGCGAUAAAGUUUACACUCUGGAUUUUUGUUUCUACAGUUAAUACUUAGUCUUAUUUUAAUGUUCUACAGUGUAUAUAGUUUUUGAAAAUCGAAGUUUCAACGUGCCAGCGAAGGAAUAAUAAUAUAUUUUAGUAAUACGACGUUCACUGUGUUAUCUGAAGGAGCAAAAUCCCGUGUACCUGAGUGUGGGAGGGUCCUAGUGUUUUAUAUAAUGACGAGUGAGGGCCGAGCCUCUCCCGCACCUUGCUUGUACAUAAUGAUAUACUGUAUAAUAGACUGUUGCUAGUGAAAAAUGGUAAAAGUCCGAUUGUGUGCGUUGAGUGUAACAAAAUGAUGAUCGAUUUGAGUAAUAAUAGCUCGGGAAAUUCCAGAGAAAAAUAUUUUUUUAAAAUGAUCGUAAGAUUCGAAGAUUUGUAUACUAUUUUCGUGGCCACGGAAAACUACAGUUACAGCUGGUUGAAAUGUAAAUUGUUAUUGCCGUUGAUCAGCUCGUGGCCCGAAUGAUCAUCAUUGGUUACUGUCGCCUGUAGACAUUGGCCCAGAUUAACCAAACUGCAGAAAAAAGGGAACUGAUCAUUAAAAAAAUAGUUUUAAAGUUUACAGUGAUCUUAACCGUAGUUUUCUCAUCAAAUAAUUAUUGCUGGCAUCGUAAAGUAUAUGUAUAAUUAAUUUUAUAUUCAUAAAUUUAUUUGUUAUUAUGAUGUUCUUAUAUUGGUUAACACCACAACAUUAUUGAUUCCAGUGUUAAGAAUUACAUACAGAAAUUCUGUACUUGCACUCUGAUCAUUUUUGUAUACUAAUUCGGAACAAACUGACUUAUACCCCUUUUUACUACCGGCAUUGAAUAACAUACAGGGAGUAAGGGAAUCCGCCGAAGCUGAGACUUCAAUCCUAAAAUAACUGAAAUACGGUACAUAUUUGCUAACGCUAAGUUAUAUUUGUAUCCAAGCGAAAUGUACCUGAACUUAUGUCAAAAUCGAUAAACAUUUAAACGUUUUUAGAUUGUAAAUACCUACAUUGCUGGCUCCCAUCAUUUCUUACUGACUUAAGACUUUGUUACGUAUGUAGUUUCAAGAUGGGCGUCGGCGAUAUAGAUUCAGUUAGACCAAUUCUUUUUCCUACCUAUUCCAGUAACCUCAAGGGGUUAUUUUAGAUUCACUAGUAGGUGAGCUCACGGGGCUCAAACCGGGAGUGUUGCUAACACUGUCCCUAGCAAGAGCCGUGCUUCGCAGAAUCUACUACCGGAUCGGAAACGCGACCCACUGAGAAGAUCCGGCGAGAAACUCUGUGGGCUGUGUCUAUGGGUCAACUUACUCGUCGAGCCCUUCGUCGCAAGCGACGGGUUCGGCGAGGACGGUGGCCGGUGCUUGUGGUCCCUAAAAGCGCCGUUAAUGGAUCGGGAGGAUCCGUAAUGACGUGUUUAGGGCGACCUCGACUGUUUACCAUUCGGUCCACGGGAUCGGUUAUGUAAUUACUGGCGGCCACAAGAGGGUUUUCAUGUCGUGCCGCCUUCUCAAAGUGUAAGAUCAAUAAUACGUUGGUUCCGCGGGCGGAGUUCCCUUUACCCUCUGUACUGUAACUGGAUAGGACGACACGCUGCGGGUUCUCGGCGGACAUCCUGUACAUAUUAUUACUUAAUGAAUGGUGAUAUAUUAGCGGCCUUCGAUUUUACUUGUAAAGCUAGCUCUAGUACGUACGUUAUACGUUCGGGUUCGUGGAGAGCCGGACGCGUUGCAAAUUGUUCCGUUGUCGAUGAUAUCGUUUGCCAAAUAAUUCGUUUUGUUUAGAAAAAAAAACUUUAAUUUUAACGUACGCGGAAUUCGUUUAUUUGUGAUUGUAUAUAGUCUUGUGACGGACGAGGGCGGACGCGAACGAUCAUCCCCAUAAUUACGUCACGAUCAAGUACAAAGUGCGCUGUAGGAUUCAUUCAUUGUAAUAUAAGAACAUUGAUUCGCGUCCGCGCGUCGACCCGUCCCGCAUUCGAUAGUGUGUACAGCACAAAACGUCAUUGUAAAAACUAUUGAUAAGUGCGCAUAUCAGAUAAUUUUAAUGUUAGAAAAUAAUUUAGUAAAGCAUUGAUUGAGGGUGCGGCGUGUAAAGCGUGCGGCCGAAACCUAAAUUGACCACGGGUUUUACAUAAAAAAAUAUAUAUACCAUUUCGUUUAACUUCACGAUCUCAACGUUUUUGAAGUGUGUGUGUUAUCUUUUCAAUUAAAUUAGAUUUUUAGUUAAUAAAAUUUGGUUGGCCCGCAAUACGUCCCGCUGAAAGUAUUAUAUCGACCACUUUUGUUUGUAAAUUAUUUGUUUUAUUGCUAAGGCGAACUUUCUAUCACUUUUUAGUUAAUAUUGCAAUAUGAAACAGCGUCCUCCAGUUGUCGUAGUGGGGGGAGUUUUAGAAAAUUUACAUGUGUAAAGUGAAUGAAUUUUUAAACAAUUUUUUGGUUUCAAUAUUGAUUAAGUUUAUUUCUUUUGGUUUUGAUAGGAUUUAUUAUUUGUUUUAUUGACGCGCUGUGUCAGUUGAUCUAUUAUGUUUUACACUGAAAAGUAAUUCAUUCCUCACGAAUUAUGUGUAAGGUUCGCUCGCUGAAGCCGAAGUAAAUCAAACGCCCCAGUCUUUAUACAAAGAGAAAACAUUUUCAAUGUUUUUAAUCAAAUCAAAAGUGUUUGUUGUCACAGUAACAUUCGUAAUUCGCAACUAAUCUAUAAAUUGAAAAAAAAAAAAAAACUUUGAAAACCAGCUGACUGGGCGCCUACACACGUAUGAGGCAAUUGAACCAAUAGCUAAUUUUAAUUGUGUUCCAAUAAGUGCAAUGAGUAAAUUAAAAUAUUAAUUUAUUUACUAUUAAAUUUUACGCACAAUAGGCACUUGCGGCGCUGCAAUUUGUGAAUAUAGUAAUCUAUAUUCACAAAUUGUUGUCGAUAUGUUUUUUUUUUGCCAAUUCUCUUCGUUUCCGGGAGCGUUUCCAAUACACCUUGUAUCUUGUAUACUUCUCAGUGUUCGUACGCAUUCAUUAAUUUAAAAAUUAGCUGAAAAAUAUCUGUGAGCAUUUUUGAAAAUGUUAAAAUAGACGACCAGAGACUUAAAAAUCGAAUUGAAGUGUAGUUCUUACCAAAAACAAGCUUCUCAACUAGAAUAAAGUUUUAAUACCACACUAAAGUACCACAAUUUAUAAUGCUUUUGUUAUGUCAAAUAUUUGUAGUGUGCGCUUUUUAAAAAAAUCGAAGUUGACAAAAAUUUUACUGUAAAUAUUUGAAUAAGAAUGAAAUGUUCCUUCUUAUUUUCCUUCAUUAUUUUGUAUCCAGUGAAAUUUCUCAUAGGUCUGAUGACUGAACUCAUUAGGAACGAAAUUAUUUUACAAACAAAUUUUUUGGGGCCAAAACAUUUGAGAAGCGUAGUACAAACAUUUUUUUCUCAUCAUGUAGUUUUAAGUCGUUUUUACGCUAAAAAAUAUCGUUUUCCAUCAGAUGACAUGUGACUUCUGGAUGCAAGUUGUAUGUAUUUCUUCGUGAUUAGGUUUUUUUUAAUAAACAUUGUAAUUUUAUGUUAUCUGACUUAAACUAAUACUGUACAAUAUUAAUUAUUGUGUUCAUAAUUUAUGGUACCAUUACUUUUAUUUAAACAUGCUAUUGUAACGAAACUUACGCCGUAUGAAGCACUGUUGUUUCUAGAACAAUUCUACAAUCUUUCUACAACCUGCUCUAUCUAUGAAAUCCACAUUUGAUUCUGAAAUAAAAAUAAAACUGUUUCAUUCGCCUAAAACAUAUGAAUGUAUGUGUGAUAGAGUAAGCAUUUUUUUGUACUUUGCUCAUACAAUAGGUAUACUUAAAAAAAUGCCUACAAACUAAGAAAUCGAGUUGGUCGCGUGUCAAUAUUUAGUAUGAGCGAAGCUUAAACCAAACAUUAUAUAGUGAAUUAGUACAGGGAGGCACAAACUGUUACAACGAUUUUAUUCCGUACAUUUAAAAGUCGAUGCAACGGUCGACAGGGUUCUAAUGUAGUUUAAAUCGAACGACGUUCUGUCGAUGUCGCAUUAAUGCUGUAUAAGCCGCGCCAAUAUAGAAACGAAUCGAAAAUGGCGUCUAUGUACCUGCACUGACAGAUGGUAGGGUCAACAAAUAAAAAGAAAGAUAGAAAGAAAAAGUUGUUUAUUGUAAAAAAAUAUAAAAAACAAAUGAGAAUUUCUUUUCUUUAAUUUCUCGAGAUUCUUUUCCUCUUCAAAGUAUUUAAUUACGUUAUACACGAUUUCGGGUGCAUCACUGUGAAGAAUUUUCCUCGUUUGUGAGAGGCCAUAUUAUUUACCAGUCAGAACCGAUAAUUUUUUUUGCAUGCAGUACGCGCUGUGUGCGACUAAAGACAGCAAUAGUUUAGAGUGAGAGCGCAUGAUCGCCGCCGCCAUUUUAGAUUCGUUUCUUUAUUGGCGCGGCUUAUAAUAAUAUUAACUACACUGCCGACCUGUGACGCGGGAUUCGUUCGUGUUUUGUCUAUUUUUUAUUGUAUUGUACUUAUUAUUUGUUGUAUCGUCGCUAGUAUUACACGGUCAAUGAACGGGUUGUAUCUGAAUAUGUUCGAUUUAUAAUAAUGUAAGCUGUAAUGUAUUUGUAAUGAUAAAAAAAGACUUUUCGACGGCAUGUACGAUUUUUUUGUGUGUAUAAUUAACUGAUAAUAAAAUUGAAGGUGCAAUGUUAUAAAUGUAUUUAUGAGUGAAUGAGUGCGGGCCCGCGGACGUGAACGCCCCCCUUUGAUUUGUCAUUUGUGUUGGAAGACUGAGGUUGAUUAUUCCAGUUUCGACGAACGUACGAGUUAUUUGUUGAUUCAAUUUAAAUGUAAAGUCAUAAAUAUAUAUAGUUAGGUUAUAUUUUUUAAUAAAUAUAAUAUUGAGAUAUGUAAUAUA